GGCUCCGGUGAGGGCCGGGCGGAAGCGGCGGAGGAAGUCCCGCUCGCCGUGCCACGCUGCGUGCAUGCCGGAAGGGAGCGACCGAGCGCCGGGGCCGGGUGCUCUCGGUCCCCGCGCUGCCGGCUGCUUGGGCUGCCCGGGAAUUUGCGCUUUUGGUGAAUGAGAUUGGUGUGAAGACAUCAUAGCAACAGUUCACUGUGAUCAUGGAACAAACUCCACAAGAGAUGGAAGAAACCAAGCCAUGGUAUUUUCAGAAAGUGUAUGCAAGAUACUGGAAGCACUAUGAUUUAGCUAUGCGCUGGAUGCAUAGACACCAGGAGGCCUACAGGAAAGCCAUGGAGUCCUUUUAUCACGUACCAUGGCCUCCUUCUGCAGCUUCUCCAAGUAGCCGCUACUCAGAUUGGGAUGGGGAUGACCCCCCAUGUACCCACAACAAUUUUUCCAACUGUAGCCCUCCUGGCAGAGCUCAGCAGUACACAGAUGCCCAGCCAGGGAAUGAGGAUGGUGACAGGGAGGAGGAAGAGGAGAACUCUGAAGUGGAGGAAGACUCCGAGUCUGAAGGGGAGUUUGAAUAUGACCUGAGUAACAUGGAGAUCACAGAGGAACUUCGCCAAUUUUUUGCCCAGACGGAGAGGCAUCGGGAAGAGCUACGGAGACAGCAGCAGCUGGAAGCUGAGCAACAAGAAAUGUACGUGGAGGCUGAUCGAGACCUUUACAGAAACACGAAGCGUUCUGUGGAGCCACCUGCAGAAAGACCUGGGGAGAGAAGAAUGGCAGAAAUGGAGAAACUGUAUGGUGAUGAAGCUGCCAAAAUCCUAGCUAUGGAGACUGCCAUGCAACUUACCUUUGAUAGAAAUUGUGACAAAAAACAGCCCAAAUACUGGCCGAUUAUUCCCCUCAAGCUGUGAGUACCUGGACUGUGCUCUGACCUGGCACAGAGCUUUAGGGACAGUUGCCUCAAGCUGUGCUGCUGAAAGAAUAAACUGCACAUUUCAGUUUUGGAUGGGUUUUAGGGCAGGGGCCAGCAAGGAUAAAGUGUUUUUUGUGCCCUGUGUUCCUUUUACAUUGUCUGCAGGGAUGGUCAGAGUCCAUUUUGUAUGCAUACUGUUGCCAGUUAGUAAAAGGAAGAGAUAGCAAUAUAACUGUCUGAAGUCAGUUUCACUCAUUUGGUGUCUGCCUGCCUUGACCAUGCUUCUGAGAAAUGUGGCGACAUCUAUACCUUAUGAACUGGAAAAAAUUAAAAGCAAUUACAAAAAGAAAAAGACUAUACAAAUUGUCAGCUCUUUCCAUUUAGGAAAGUAAGUAGUCCUAUUUAGUCUUAUUUAAUAUAGCAGCGUUUGGAUCCAGUUUAAUACAACACAGCUUGAAGUGUUGUGUCCACUGGCCAAGACACAACAUAUCAAAUUACUAUUGCCUGGCCAUUUGAGUUCAUUUUUCAAAUGCAUACAAUAAAGCAGGAAGUUUUUCUUCCAGACUGAUGCUUGUCUGGCAGGAGUUCAACUCUAACACAAAAUUAGAUAGGAAGAUGUUUUAAUGAAGGAGGUGGGGAGUUUGGGGGAGAAGCUUGAUGUGGCCCUGUCUGUUAGAGAUCUGUCCAGCAAAAGAGAUCCUUAAGAGGACAAAAUGCUUUUUGGGCCAAUGCCAACGAUUAUUUUCACCAUUCUAAUAAAAACAUCUUAUUGGUUUGAAGCUUGAAGGAAGAUGUGUCAGUCUUUAACUGUGAAGCACUGCUGCUACAUACCACUAUGUACUGAAGAACUGUAGUUUGUGUUAAGUAGUAUUACCAUGCCAGAGCAAGGGAGCAGCACACUGUUAUAGUUCUGACAAACAUUUGUGUGCCUUUUUUCACAGCAGAGAAAGUCACAACUGAAAUCAACUUCUCAUGCCCAUUGUAUUUGGUGUUCCUGCUACAGUCAGCUGUACCAAACCAAAUCUGAAGUGCAGUUUGGAGACUUUGUUUCCACUGGUAGUUACCAUGUUUUUCUAAAUCAGCCUUUUUAGUUCAGUUCCACCUCCUUCACUCUUUGUUAGGUGAGAAGAGAUGGAGUUACUGAAAUUAAAUGUCCCCAGUGUUCAAGACUUGUUACUGAUGUGAUUGAUCUGAACAACUUAGGCUUGACAGGCAAGGGAGACAUGUUCUGAAUUACAGUCCUUCAUUUGUCUUCACUCUUGUUUUUUGGUGGAUUUUGUCAGAAAUCUAGUAUUUUGUAUGGACUUCCUUGUUGACCAAAUAAAUGCUCUUCAUAACA